AUUGACUGUUCUGAUAUCACAUACCUUUUAAACGCCUAUGUUAACCUUAUCCCCGUGUUAACUGGUAUUUCUCUUUUGGUUCUGAAAACUGUGUUGUCACUUUAAGGAAAUGCGUGUCAUCGUUUGGAGGCGGUUACCCGGAAGACUUAAAUGUUAUUUCGUCAGCCGAGAGCAUGUUGCGACAAAACUAAAUGACAUUCUUUCUAUGCAUACCUUUUUCAAACAUCUUUCCUAUUUUAUUAUAUCAAGAAGCUUUCGUAAUUCACUUUUAGCAAUCCAACAAGAAAGAGCUAUGUGUAAAGAGCUCAAGACUAAAGUGCUGUACUUGUCACCGCAGUCGCAGACCGUAAUGAAUGGGCCAUCUGCCCGGCCUGAGGAAAAGCUACAAGAUGGAGCUGACUUCCUGAAUUCAACAGUAGCAGCUCUGAAGAGAGGAGAGGUUGUAGCUGUACCCACAGACACCGUAUAUGGCCUGGCUUGCUUGGCCCAGAAUUCAGAUGCCAUCAAAAGGGUGUAUGACAUCAAAGGACGUAAUGGGCAGAAACCUCUGGCAAUCUGUGUUGGAGAAAUCCAAGAUAUAUAUAAGUACUGUAAGGUGUCAGUCAAGAAAGAGAUGCUUGAGGACCUUUUGCCUGGUCCUGUCACUCUCGUUUUAGAACGAGCUGAAGUACUCAACCCUGACCUCAAUCCCUUCACUCCGUUAGUAGGAGUGCGCAUCCCAGACCAUGCGUUCAUGAGACGGCUCUGCCAGAUGUGUGGGGAGCCUCUUGCCCUCACCAGCGCUAACAUCAGUUCUCACGUUAGUUCUGUAGCUGUACAUGAGUUCCAGGACCUGUGGCCUCGAUUAGCAGUGGUGGUGGAUGGCGGACCAAUAGGGGACCAUAGUCGGUUAGGCUCCACAGUGGUUGACCUGUCAGUACUGGGCAAAUACCGCAUCAUCAGACCUGGCUGUGCCUUCUCUUCCACAGUUGAUGUGCUGGAGCACAAAUAUGGACUGUCAGAAGACACAAGACAGCAGUGAGUUGGGCCCCCUUAACAGCCAUGCAACAUGCUGCAACGCACAACCAGCAAGAAUGUCUGCUAAGCGUGGCAAAUACCACUGUGCACAAGGGCAGUGCCAGUAGGGCCUCAGGCGAGUGAAGAAAUCCGUCUCAGCUUAAUGAAGGAAGGAGUGUCUCUUUGCACUUCUCAAACACAUAAUGAGAGCUCUAGUUUUCAUCUCCUACUUAACAUUUGGGUAGUCUGGGUUAGUAAACAUUCUUUAGGGGAUGAGUGGGACCUGGACACCUAAGAUGGCAAAAUCUAGUUUGUUUAAGUCAAGCAUAUAAAGACCAAAGACCCUGCUCCUACUUCCUUUAAUGGGUCAAAAUGUCAGAGCUGGCACAGAGACUAAUUGUUAGGGUUGAUUAGCUUACUUUUUUCUUUACUGUUACAGUUUUGUUGGUUAGGGUUAAAGGGGAAAAACGUCAAACAUCAUGUGUCUUCAAAUCCUGCUAGUCAAUUACCUCUGGGGUCCCGUGUCAGUGUAAUUGGCCAGCACCAUCCAGGUUCGGGGGGGUUAGCAGUGCCUUGCCCCAUUGUGCUUUUGCGACUCCUUGUGUUGGCUUGGGUGCAAAUAAGUUAUUUCUAGCACGUAAGGAUUUCAGUGAAGACUUCCUGGUUAGGCCAGCGUGAUAUGAACGAGAAUGGUGUCAGAGGACAGGUCUCGACAUCUACUUUCCAGUAACUGCUGAAGUUGCUGUGAAUUCAGCUACAGCGGAAAUGUAAAAUUAUAUGAUUGUGGUUUGGUGUUUUUCAUUUUUUGCUUUGCAUUAUCGUGAACCCACAAUCUUACCUUCUCGGUCAUCUGUCAAAACAUGAGGUAAUAAUAGACCUAUAAAAUUGUGCUCAGAUAGAACCACUAGCAGGGGAACCCAUUUAUGAUUCAAAAUACGGUCGGUAAUUUUUCAUAGAGAGCCAUCACAGAGAUGGUGAUCACACAUUUAUAUUUAGUGAUAGCCAACAUAGUUAGCCCUACUAGAAAAAUGCCAAUUUGUGAUGCUGGCUCAAGCUGGCUGCUUGCUCUUUCCUCAUGUCUUGGCAGAGAUGGGAUAAUUGCUUUACAAUUGUGAACCCCCCCAAUCGCAUAUUUAUUCCCAUUAAAACAAAAACUAUUUAAUUGCCUGAUUUUAGGUGAUUGCUUCAUGCAGUAACAAAAUGGCCAGUCCUGUGGGUUUUAUUAACUGAUCUCAGAGAUUUCUGUACAUUUGGACAUACAAUUCUAUUUAUUGUUGUGUGGAUUUAACCCAUGAUACUUUUCAUAUGCAAAUUAAUUGGUUUUUUAUAUUAUGCCUGAAUUUGGAUGUUUGAUGAUUCACACGCUGAUCCACCAAUUAGACAUUCUUUGGAACGAAUUCCAGACGGUGUCAUCCAUGCACUCUUAUUUAAUUCGGUGUAAACUCUUCAAAGGUGGUGAACAUCUCAUUACUGAAUGUCAGGCUGUUUUGUGUAAUGGACCAAAUGAGAAUUGGUUGUUGACAAUAAAUGGCAUGAAUUAUGCAGAUAAGGGCUUUGU